GUCGGCCUGCCCGCUUUUCGACGCCCUUUGCUCUCGACCGUCAAGGGGACUGAAGAGUGUGUGGAUCAAUGGUUUGUGUGCAGUCAUGGCUUUGCGCGUGGCCAUGAUCGGUAGUGCUAGCGCUGGUCGCGUUGCUCGAUGUAGGGCCUCCUUCCUGAUCGGAUCGAACUACCUUCGUUCUCUGGUGGGCGGUAGUGGUGGUGGGGCGAAGUACGACGUCGCCGCCGAGGGGGGAGGGGCGGGGGCUUCGGGUGAAGGAAGCAAACAUUGGCCUGUUGAAAUUCGCCAUCAGAAGGCAGAAAAGGCGAUAGAAAUAGAAUUUGAGAACGGCAAACGGUUUCGUUACCCGGCUGAGCUCCUUCGUGUAGAAAGUCCGUCGGCAGAUAACCAGAGGGUAACUGCCUCUGGAGAAAGACGAGUGGUGGCGGGCAGGCGUCAGGUGAGUAUCGUGUCUCUUGAGCCUGUCGGAAACUAUGGGUUGAGAAUCGUUUUCGACGAUCUGCAUGACACGGGCAUAUACAAUUGGAAUUUCCUUUACGAACUCGGAGAUGACAAGAUUGCGAGGAUCCGGUCCUAUCUGCAUCGACUUCCUGGUAGCUUGAAAGUGUCAUCCUUGAUGCUUGAAAGUGCCUUACAUGGCAGCUGGCAGCUGUGCGGAUUUCAACAGUCAGGGAGCCUACGAGAGCGAGCACAAAUGAUGCCAUUCCUAUUCCUAGAGGCAAAAGCGGCAGACGGAAUAGAGAUGACAUCAACAAUAUCUCAGCAAUCACAAGAGGAUUGUAAAAAGUGUAAGGAGAAGGGGAAUGACAGCGAGGGUAUCGAUGAAGGCGAUGUGUUGGAAAGCGAGCAGCUUGACGAUGAAGAGGAGGAGGAAGGGAAGGAGGGGCAGCUCGUCGUACGACAACAUCUGUUGGUGAAGGGCGAACAGCAACGGGUCCAGCGGGUGUGUGAUAUUCGCAAGUAUGGUGCGGUUGGGGAUGGCCUGUUGUAUGACACGGAGGCAAUACAGCGGGCGAUUGAUGACUGUGCGACAUACGGCGGCACUGUGCUCGUUCCAUCGCCAAAGACCUUUCUCACCGCGACCUUGCAUCUUCGUUCUCAUGUCACUCUUCAUGUGGAACAAGGUGCCACUAUCCUUGGUGGCCAUCGCCUUGACGACUUUCCUAGAUCGAGGGAUCGCUGGUAUGUUGUCCUUGCGGAGAACACAACAGGCGUCAGGAUUACAGGCCGCGGCACGAUUGAUGGUCAAGCGCACAGGUUUGUGAUACGUGAACGGCCCGAAAAGCACGUUAUGGUCAGCUGGAACGAGACGGGGCAAUGUACGGGACCUGAAUGCCGUCCCCGACUGAUAGGGUUUUUGGACAGCGUUGAUGUACUCAUCCGUGACGUGCAGCUUCAUGAACCUGCGUAUUGGUGCGUCCAUUUGGUGCGAUGUAACGGAGCGAGAAUCGUCAACGUGUCGAUCUUCGGCGACUUCAACAUUCCAAAUAAUGAUGGAAUUGACGUUGACGGAAGCAACAACACUUUGAUAGAGUUUUGUCGAAUCGACACCGGUGACGAUGCGAUAUGCCCGAAAUCGACACGGGGUCCGGUGUUCAAUCUGACCGCGCACAACUGCUGGCUACGGUCGAAAUCGUCGGCAGUGAAGCUGGGCAGCGGGAGCGAGCACAACUUUCACGGUCUUCGGUUUCACGACUUGACGGUUGUGGAUUCGCACAGAGGACUUGCAAUUCAGCUGCGUGACGAAGGGGAUGUUGUCGAUGUGGAGUUCAAGAACAUCCGUAUGUCUACGCAGUACUAUCACCCCUCAUGGUGGGGUAGGGCCGAGCCCAUAUAUAUCACGUCGGUUCCAAGAAACAAAAGGACGACGAAGGUGGGGAGAAUCAGAGAUGUACGGUUCAUCAACGUGACGGCACAUUCCGAGAAUGGUAUUUUCAUUUCGGGAUCGCAAGGAUCGUGGAUCGAUUCCUUGACGUUUUGCAACGUAAGCAUUGCAAUUGACCGGUGGACGGAUUUCCCAGGAGGUUGGCAAGACUAUCGCCCGGGCGACUAUCGUGGGCUAGUACGACAUAAGACUGUUGGUCUCUUCGCCGAUUAUGUUGCGACGAUGGCGUUGAGGGGGGUUCGUAUCGUUUGGGGCAAUAAUAAGCAGCCUGAUUGGGGACAGACUCUGGAGAUCACCCCAAGACGGGUUUUGAAAUUGGGCUUGUCAGAUGUCACCCUCUUAGAUGUUGUGGAGGAGCACCCGGGUAAUGUUCAAAGGGGUUUAUGAUGUAGGGCUGGCAAUUUAUUGUCAGGGAGUUCUGUCCGAAGCGAUGACAUAGAAGUACGCGUGUGAGAAGGGCCUGGAGUUUGGACUCUCUAAAAUUCCAAGGAGAGAGAUGAACCACGACAUAUGAUAGCAGAUAGCGAUGUCUUGAAUUUCAGGAGGGGUCAGAAAAAAAUGAUGUGUUUUUUCUGACCCUUCCUUCCCCUUUUCUGUAUAUAGUCAAACGGAGCUGCCCGGUAAACCGUAGGCAGAGAGGGACAAGAGGGAGAAGAGGACAACAAACGAGGGGCUGUGAC